UUUUAUCUUAUUUUAUGUAAGGUACAAUGUCUCAUAUCGUUUUAAAAUCAGCUUAUUUACAAGAUUUGGAACAGGAAAACUUUAAACCAGAAGUAUUAGUUGAAAAGUUAGCGCUGAAAAUUUUGGGUAAUAGUACUACCUGGCGUCCAGAUGUAAUGCAUCCUGAAAUAAUGAGGGAAGCUAUGUAUGAGGUGUUAGAAGAACUAAAUGUUUUGAAGGUAGAAACUAAUAAAAAAAUUGAUUCACUUGAAAAUGAAACUUUAGAAGAAGAGAAAAAAUUUAUUGAAAUGAUUAUUGGAGCUGGCAAAAAACAUCAGAACAUACUGCACAAAUAUCAGGAUUUAGAUGAUAGAAUAAAUUUUGUGGCCAACAAAGUUAUUCACCUCGGGGACCAACUUGAAAGUGUUAAUACUCCUAGACUCAGAUUGAUGGAGGCUAGAAAGCUUUUCAAAUAUUACUCUGAAUUUUUAAGCGAACAGUCAGAAACCCCAAAUCCUGUAAACAGAGAAGCCUCUUUGACAGAUACCAAUAUACCUACCAUUGUUGUAACUAAUAAAGAUAAAGUUUCUAAAGAAGAUAAGGAGUCAAUAUUCAAAGACCCUAAUCAAUUGAUGGAAGCUGCUGAUAUAAUUCAAAAAUUGCAUGUCAUAUCUCAGGAAAUUGUCUCAAAUGAUCGCCCUAACACCAAAGGCCCACCUAACGAUAAAAAUCCUUUCAGCUCAACUGACCCAGUCAAGAACGCCUAUGAUGCUACUCUCGCCCGAGUGGACCUCAUAUACGAGCAAGUCGAAUUAUCCCUAAUCGAGGCCUUUGUCUCUGCCUCGGCCACCGGUCUAGCUUCUUCUCUUCCGGAAGGAGCACAAGAUGGCGAUGGGGGAGAGAUGGAACGCAUGCGCGGGCUAGUUAGGACGUCCGUCAAUUUCAAGAAUUAUUAUAGAUGUGUUGACGCUUUCAUGGAACAAUGUCAGCUGGGAGCAUUUUAUAGGCAAGAUAUAUUCGGAGACGCCCUCAUACUCUGUAAAAGAACUUGCAAAUUGAUAGAGAACAUUUUCCCCAACCCUCAACGAGUGUAUUCCAAAUUCAUCAUCAACAUUUUCCAGGGAAAAAUAAACGAUCACAUUCAACAAAUCCUAGAGGAGAAAUCUGCCAACAAUACAGAAUUGUAUCUAAAGAAUCUGCACGAGCUCUAUACCAAAACCCAAAAUUUGUGCGAUAAUUUGAUCGACGUGAAAAUGGGGAUUGACGAACAGUUCCUGAGUAGGCUCAUCAAAAAUUUAUUCGGGAGAUAUCUGGAAAAAUAUAUCAACAUCGAAAUCAAAUUUUUUCAGGGCAAAUGCCAAACUGUAUUGGACGCGUUUUACUCAAGUUUGCACCACGAAAAAAAGCCCAUACCAACCGGAGGAUUGACGGACUUUAAGAGGAUGAUAGGCGUGGGACAGAACGAACCCCUUUAUAUCUACAACGAAUCGGAGCCGGAUGCCAUCAAAUCUCGCCACAAGAAAAUGGCGCUGCUUUUGGUUAGCGAUGACGUCGUCUGCAAGAAUAUGUUGGAGGAUAUCAAGAUUAGUCUGAACCGCAAUAAAAAGCUAUCAACAUCCAAAGCGGCAACCAACAACGCGUUUCUCAUUUACGACGUUUUGGUGGAAUAUCUGUUUGUUCAACAUCUGGAAUACGCUAUAGACAUAGAAUUGCAAAAUUUAUUGAACAUCGAUUCGAAUUUGAACAAGUAUUAUCCGGAUUUCCCUGAGGUGACAUUCCUUAGAACUCUGAGAACCACGACCCGCAUAUUCCACAAGGUAGAAGAGGUGCACGACGAAUAUCUCACGCCAAUUGUCAGUCGGGACCGGUCCGAUUCGUUGACCCGCAAAUGGCGCAAGUGGAGAGAUAACCUGGAAUCGAAGGCGGCCGCUGGGCUCGAAAGGUUCGCCCAGACCUUGGUCUCUCGGGCCCGUUAUACGUUGACCGCUUUGCAGAAAAAGGUCGAUUUUGAACCCAAAGGUGGCAAGGAAAACUCGGGAACUAGUUACACUACGGAAGCCGCAAAAUCGCCUGCAUGUCAGGCCGUGGUUACCUUCAUGAGUCAACAGGUCAAUUACGUGAAAGGGAAUCUUGAUGGCAAGAAUUUGGACAAUUUCCUGAUGGAGCUGGGAGUCGAAUUUCACCGAACUAUUUUGGAUCAUUUCUUGAAUUACACCUUCAACCUAACAGGCGCCAUAACGGCCAUCUGCGAUAUCAACGAAUAUCGAAACACCGCCAAGGACUGCUUCGACAAUUUGCCGCUUAUAAACAACUUAUUCGAUUCGCUCAAAUCGCUCGUCAACUUGCUAGUCGUUCCGCCCCAAAACAUUAAGCAGAUCUGCUUGGGAGACGAUUUGGUAAACAUGGAUCGCACCAUGAUUAUGAAUUUCGUACAGCUACGAGCUGAUUACAAAAGCGCUAAGAUCAAUGCUAUGUUUCGAUAGUAUAUUGUAGUUCCCUGCCAGAACUUUCUAAUACUGGAUAUAGCGGUUUCUUGUAAUUGCAACAUAGUAGAUGGGACAAUUCAAGUUUAAACCGUGAUAUCUGUCUAUUAAAAAAAAAUUGCAAAGUAUUUAUUAAAGUAUUAAAAUUGUUUUAUUUUGAAUGAUUAUUAUUAUUCAUUUUUUUUUGGAAAUUUCAUUUAAUUGGUAUAUUUUUUAUUUUUGAAAUAUUUCCAUAACUUUUAAUUUCGCAUUUAAAAGAACAAAUUUAAAGUUAUCGAAAUAUUUCAAGAAAUAAAAAAAUAUUACCAAAUGAUGAAUUUCCAUAUUAUUACUAUAUAGAAAAAUGCGAUUGUUUUAUAUUUUGUG